CCAAACAUGCCCUAAAUAUUCUUUUUUCUCUGUAAUUUAAAAUUUUGAAUUCAGGAAUCAAAUAUGGCCACCCAUUUUCUCUCAAAAAACCAUUUAUACUUCUCAGAGACAAAAUCCAGAUCCAUCUAGAGUAAUCCACACACUUCCACCCAUAUUUGUUGACCUGCUUGAAAUUUCCGCCGCUGAUACUCCGGCGACCGGUGCUGUUGCUCGCUUCGCCGUUAGGUCUCACCAGGUAUGCACAAAUUAGGGCAAAUUUGUUUUGGUUUCAUGAUUUAUAGGUUUUAACUUGUAAUUUGUAGUUGUUAAACGUUUGUUUUGGAAAUUUUGUAAAAAUUUUUGGAUUGGAAGAACAUAGUUUUCAGAUGAGAACGAGUUUUUUCGUGUGUUAUUUGAGUCAAUACCGUUUUGUAUCUGCUAUAGUUUGAUGAUUUAUGUGAUUCUUUUUGCCCAGAAAAGUUAUAUUGAACCGAUUUGGAGUUGUGUUUCGGUAAGAAAAGGUGAUUUUCUUAUGUGGCUUUGUUAAAUUAAAGUUGUGUGAUGCCUUAACACGAAUUUUGUAUUGACUAUGUUACUAACUUCAUGUUUAAUUGGUUCUUUCAGGAUUAAACAAUUUUAACGAGUCAGGACAACCUUCUUCUUCAAACAAGUGUCUUUAGUGUUUGUUGAUCAAGCAAUGUAGAUUAACCAUUUGGUUUUUGACAUUUUUUAGGGUUUUUGUAACGGGUCGCAGGAGGAUCAUAUUGAGCAACCUGAACGCGGCUUGAAGAUUGCUGAGAACAAUUUUUUUUCCAUUGGAUAAGCCAGUGAUUCAAAGGCCAUUGCUAGAUCAAUGUGCACGCUUCUCUUGCUUUCAUCAUGGGUGGAGAAAACGCUUUCCUAUAUGCAAAUCUACCCCAAGUGCGUUCUCUGACAAAUCCGUGUUGCAAGUCGGGACAGAUGAAACGAAGCCAGACCUUAAAAGACAGAAAUCUGAAGAUGCAUCAUUUGAUCCGAUGCAUAUACCGGUCUCCACCUCCACCAGCACGGAUGCCAACCCUGUUAGGAAUAAAUUUUUUGUUGAUACCCAUAGCAAUCUGUCUGCUGGACAGGCAAAUGGUGAAGUAGUUGUAAAUUCUGUUAAAGUCGAGUCACAAUCAUGUAUGGACAUUGUAUCCUAUCCACCUACUGGAGCUACUGCUGACGUGGCACAAACAACAGAUAAUUGUGAUAAUAAAAAUUUGGUGGAGAAGGUGGAUGUACUCGAUGGUCUUCCACAAAAUAGUGUGCUAAGAAAUUUGAUUAAGAGGGCUAGAAGCUCUUCGGUGAAAAACAUAGAACUUCUUCAGGAUUGUGGAAUUCGAUUCUUGUGUGUGCUCUCACUAGAUCGUUUUGGGGACUAUGUGUCUUUUGGGGACUAUGUGUCUGAUCAAGUUGUUGCUCCCGUGAGUGAAACUUGUGCACAGGCAUUAGGAGCAGCGCUCAAGUACAUGUCACCUUUGUUAGUUCAUGAGACACUAAAUGUCUUGCUGAAAAUGCAGGUAAAUAUCAUGUUUGUGACCUAUGUUAAUCUUAAUGGUCCAUAUUUGAAGCGCACAUGGAGAUCCAUGUCACACCCCGACCGCGUAUAA